AUGCUCGGCUCAGGAGACAACUCAGCCUCCGGCUCCAAUCGUAUUAAAUGGACUCGCCUUUCACUGCAAGGCGACAACUAUGAUCGUUGGGAUGCUGAUCUCUACCUCGCAGCUCUAGGUGAUUAUGAAAUGCUGUAUGAUGUGGAAAACUAUGUCAACUCUCUUACCGCUCUACCUCCAUUGGUAUUCCUUAACAACGUGGUGGAUACCACGUUUCCUACGACACCCUGCGAACACUUCGCUCACACUUUGUCAAGCAUACACUUCGGCUUUACAAUUCCGGCCCAAGCUCGUUCCAACCACAAUCCACCGGCAGCUUCGACUCCCUUGCUACCCGCGCCCCCAACUCAGUCCUUGACCGCAUCUCUUCCUGUCACUCAGGCCCCGGAUGCUACUAGUACGUCAACGGCACACCUACCUCCCGUCACUGCCACUCAUGUCACGGGACAUAUUCUCCCUAUUCCUUCCGUUACCUCAUCUUCACGAUUACCCCCUCCUAGCACACAAACCUAUGACCAAUACCAUAGGAACAGUGGUCAUCGUAGCAAAGAAACCACCGUUCGGAUGGCAGCCAAAGAUAAUGUAACCCUCACUCAUCCACCACCAAUAGGUGUCAAUUGUGAGGCCUGGAUGCUCAAUCAUACUGAUUGGCAGCAGGCUAUGCCUUUCCUUGAAUAUGCCCCCACCAUCGAUGUUUGUGCGCCCGCCAUCAACGCCCAGGUUCAUCGCUUUGCAGGACCGGAGGGGGGCUGGUCAGCUGCUAUUCCAAAGUCGAUUACGUCAACGAGAAAGCAUAUGAUAAUCUCCGCUGGACUGAUAUUCAUGAUCUCCUAAAAUUCAACGUCCGCCUGGAA